GAGACCUCAGUAAGGAUGCAGCUGUGCUGUGAAUCUAUAAACAGCUCUUGCGUAAGGAGCAACUGGUCAAACAGUAUCCGUGUUUCCAUGUAUAUCUUCAUGAUUUGUAUUAUUUUGGCUACAGUGGUUGGGAAUUUGACAGUUAUCAUCUCAAUAUCUCAUUUCAAACAGCUCCACUCGCCUACCAAUUUCCUGAUACUUUCUAUGGCUACAGUAGACUUUCUGCUAGGCUUCCUCAUUAUGCCUUUCAGCAUGGUGCGCUCUGUUGAGCAUUGCUGGUAUUUUGGGGACAUCUUCUGCAAGAUCCACACAAGCAUGGACAUUAUGCUGAGCACAGCUUCCAUCUUCCAUCUUUGCUUCAUAUCCAUCGACAGUUACUAUGCUGUGUGUGACCCUCUAAGAUACAAAUCAAAGAUAAAUACCUUUGUUAUCCUGGUCAUGAUAUCUGUAAGCUGGAUGGUCCCUGCAGCUUUUGCUUUUGGGAUGAUCUUUCUAGACCUAAACUUGCAAAGGGUGGAAGACAUUUAUAAUCGUGUCCAUUGUGCAGGAGGAUGCAUUCUCAUUUUUAGUGAGACUUCAGGAGUUGUGGCUUCUGUAGUGUCUUUUUACGUCCCUGGAUUUGUUAUGCUGUGCAUCUAUGGGAAAAUAUACUCUAUAGCCAAGCAGCAGGCAAGAUCCAUUGAUGCAGUAAGCCAAAAAAGGAUGCAAUUUGAAAUGAAGCACCAGAUUUCAUUCUGCAGAGAAAGGAAAGCUGCCAAGACAUUAGGCAUAAUAAUGGGAGUGUUUCUCAUCUGCUGGAGUCCAUUCUUCUUCUUUACUAUGACCAAUUCAUUUAUGAAUUACGUGAUACCUCCUAUCCUCAUUGAUGCUUUGGUUUGGUUUGGUUAUUUAAAUUCUACAUUUAACCCAAUUAUUUAUGCAUUUUUUUACAUGUGGUUUCGCAGGGCGUUAAAAACUAUUCUGUUUGGAAAAGUUUUUCAACAGGAUUCUUCCAGGAGUCGUUUGUUUUUAGAGUAA